UGGAGGCCUGCUGACCGGCAUACGCGCGGUCACGUCACAUUUCACCAGUGACGUCAUGUGACAGGUGAGAUCACGUGUCACGGUUGUUGUUUCCGGUUCCUCCUUCAGACGCAGACACGUGUUCAGUCUGAAACAAGCAUCGAGCUCGAGAUGAACUUCACUGAAGCGAAGCGGGAAAUAAAACAGCUGCUGAUCAGAGUGAAGCCGCAUGACGUCAGCAGCCUGCUCACCUGGCUCCAAGGCUCAGACGAGUUGGACGAGUUUCUGUCCAACAACAAGACGAAGAUUCUGCAGAACAUCUCUGAAGAUCUGAGAGGGAGUCUUCCUCCAGACGCCAUGUUGUCCUCUGAGAGUACUGCUUAUAACAAGAUGAAGCAGUGUUCUCGGCCGACGGUCCACGUUGACGGUUUCCUGUAUGAUGAAGAUCAGGUGGACGUUCUCUGUGAGGAGGGAACCAUGAGCCGGUCCUACUGUCUCACCUGUGGAUCCUACAGAACCGCCCCUCUGGACUUCAUCUCCCACUCGUUCUCGAUAUCAGAGCUUCGGUUCCUAUUUGAGAACGUUCUUCCAGAUCUGAGCGGUCGGCUGCUGGUGGACGUCGGCUCCAGACUGGGAGCUGUUCUGUACGGGGGUCACGUGUUCAGUUCAGCCUCUCAGCUGGUUGGUUUAGAGAUCAGUGAGGAGUUUGUUAAACUGCAAAACAACAUCCUGCAGAAAUACAAGCUGACUGAUCGAAUACAGGUUCUCCACACUGACGUUCUCCUGCAGAAUGUUCUGCUGCAGAAAGCAGACGUUCUCAUCAUGAACAACGUCUUCGAGUUCUUCAUGGAACCCAGUGAUCAAGUCAGAGCGUGGAGGUUCAUCAUGGAUAACUUCAGGAAGAAAGGUUCUCUGCUGGUCUCCGUCCCCGGUCUACAGGAGAGUCUGAACGGACUGCAGCAGGAGGCGCUGCCGCCCGGCUGGGUGGAGGAACUCCCUGUGGACUACGAGGUGUACCUGGGAAGGGACACGGACCAGGACGCUCUGAGGCAGAUCCACCUGUACAGGGUCAUCUGAUCCAGACCGGAGGUCUAGUAGGAGUCCUGCUGGUUCUGGAUCAUGUUCCUCUGGUUCACUUUACAAACAUUACAAUAAAGUUUUUUAUG